CUUUACCAGCUCCUCUCUCUAUAAGGUCCUGCUGCUCCAGCAGAAGAUUCGAACCAACCUGAGAUGAGUCCGCAGCAGCGCAGCGGUGCGCCGGUCACAGCUUCUGCCUUUUCCAAAUCCUAUUCCAGCUUCAAAUAUGCGUAAGAAUUCCUUCACGCAAGCUCAUUCCUGGAUGUAUUCUCUACUUCCAGUCUAUUUAGACUAGUUUUUUUUCCUUCUCUCAUAGUUGUAUUUAUUUGGGGCUGUUUGGUGAACAUGCAGGGCGCACAUUUGCGAGGAUUGCCGAGGUGCUCCCGGGAGUGAGUUGGGCAACAUGCGCCGCUGGGAUUUGAUUUUCACCCGUGAGGCUUAUGGAAUAUAGGCCAGUGUGUCAGAGCCUGCAUGCCCUUUGGUCCAGCCCCGUGAAGAAGAAGCUCAUCCUGCUCAGCAUCAUGUUCUUAGUCUGGGUUUACAUGCUCUACUCCUGUGUGGGCUACUGCUCCACGAUGCCAAGUUUGGUGGUGGACGGUUACCGGGGCAGAGAGGCGGGUUCGGCUGCUGCCGCGCUGGGAAAGAGGACAGAGAGCGACAGGACGGACCUGGUGUCCAGACUGCUGUCCAAACCCCAGCCCUGGGAGGAUAUAGAGGGAGACUACUAUGAGGAUCCGUCCAUCAGGACCGCCGCAUCCAGGGACCUGCUCAACAACGAGUCGGAGUCGGACAUGGGCGAGGAGUGGGACGAGAUGCGCGGUGAGCAGCAGCAACAGCCUCAGAGACCGCCGGAGCCCAGCGCCAUGUCCAGCUUCUCCAACGGCUCCGGGAGCAAGAAACUGCCGCAGGCGAUAAUCAUCGGGGUGAAGAAAGGAGGAACCCGCGCUCUGCUGGAGUUUCUCCGGGUUCAUCCAGACAUCAGGGCCGUCGGAGCGGAGCCGCACUUCUUCGACCGCAACUAUGACAACGGGCUGGAGUGGUACAGGGAGCUGAUGCCCAAGACCCUGGAGGGUCAGAUCACCAUGGAGAAGACUCCCAGCUACUUUGUGACCAGGGAGGCUCCAGCCAGGAUCUCCGCCAUGUCCCGGGACACUAAGUUGAUUGUGGUGGUGAGGGACCCGGUCACCAGGGCUAUCUCAGACUACACACAGACACUGUCCAAGAAGCCGGACAUUCCUUCUUUUGAGAGCCUCACCUUCAAAAACAGGACUACGGGGCUCAUCGACACCUCUUGGAGCGCCAUCCAGAUCGGCAUCUACGCCAAGCACCUGGACAACUGGCUGCAAUACUUCCCCAUGGGCCAGAUACUGUUUGUGAGUGGCGAGCGUCUCAUCAGCGACCCAGCAGGGGAGCUGGGCCGCGUCCAGGACUUCCUGGGACUCAAGAGGAUCAUCACAGACAAACACUUUUAUUUCAACCAGACCAAGGGUUUCCCAUGCCUCAAGAAGGCAGAGGGCAGCAGUAAACCCCACUGCCUGGGAAAAACCAAAGGCAGGACCCAUCCCAACAUUGACCCUGAGGUGGUGCAGAGACUGCGGGACUUCUACAGACCAUUCAACCUGAAAUUCUACCAGAUGACAGGACACAACUUUGGCUGGGAUUGAUGUGAAGGUCAUUAGAGACACUGAUCAAUUCCUGAAAAAUAUGUUUUUUUCUGUAAUUCAAUGGCAAAAAUGUGGAGAUAUUGCUAUAUAUAUGUAAAUGUACAGAAAUCUAUUUUAUAAUAAUUUAUUUUUUAUUUUUAAGCAAUUAAUUCACUAAGCUGCCUAACCGUGUUUGUCAACUACAUCUGUCCUGCAUCUGACUCAUUUGUUUUUUUUUUACAUUCCUCUACGUUCUGAUUUUUCAUGCUCUAUCUUUAGGUACCUGUAAACAUUUUUUACUGGUGCUUUAUAAACGUAAGAUAUUAGCAAUAACUGAAAUAGUUCCUGGGGUGACACAUUUGAAAAGCACCACAAUACGGGUACAGAGAGCUCACAAAGUAGUGGCAAACAGUAUUUGGUAUUUCAACAAAUAAACUGGGACAUAUAUUUUGCUAAUGCAGUGAAACUUUUUUUUUAUCAGGCAUAGGCACAAAGCAUUGAUCAAAUAGUUCACUGAUUGAUACGUAUAUAUAUAUAUAAUAUAUGUUAUAUAUAUAUAUAUUUCCUUGUUUUGUUAGUUGGAAUAUGUUACAGGCAAUAAUAUUGUUAUUUUUUGUCAGCAAAAUUAGUCCUUUUGUCUGUUAAUCAAUAUUUCCAAACUGCAAUUUUUAUUGCAUUUUAAGACAAGUACGUACUUUCUGGGAAUAGAAGUUUGUACGUGCAUGGUCUUUUCUGUGAACCCUGUCACUCCGGCUGUAGUUCUGCUCAAAGGUGUUACACUGAAACACAAACGGUUCACUUCCACUUGUUAUUACCACUCAGUAAGACACGGAUCAAUAGAUCAAUGGAUGCUCAUUUUGUCACUCAUACUUAAAGAAUACGGGUGCACUUUGGUUUUCAGUGCUGGUGCUGUCUACUUGAAUAAAUGACCCAUCCAUCAAAGGUUUAAUCCCAUCCCAGGACCAUAUCACGGUCUGUGUUAACAUUAUGCUAAUUGGGUAAAGGUAACUGGAAGAUCAAUCCUGCUAUGCUCUCUAACUCCCCAUUAGAAGCAGCGUUGGCUCUGCGCCAGCCUCCUAGCCCUAUCCAUUCAAUUCAAAGGUCACGCUAAGUUUCAAUCAAACUCAGCUUGUCUUUGAUUUUUUUUCUUUCUUGGCUUGCUGAGAUGGAGCACAGCAUGAUGGAGGCUAGGGCAUGUGCCUUGUUCUGAGAUGGGAAACCUUUUGCGUGAGUAGCAGGAGCGUAUCUGUUAUAAGUCGAGCAUGAAUAUAGCGAAGUUGACACACGCCAAACAUUUCUUAUCCCACACUUUUGCAGAGAUCAGAGGAAAAGGGAAGAUUUUCAGGUGAAGAACGUGGAGCGCAGCAAGUGUGGCCUCAGGCAGGGUUUAAGUGUCUAAGUGUUUUUAACUGCAGAAAUCCUCAUGUGCCAAUGUCCCACGGUCUGUGUAUUAUGCCUUAUUCGCUGCAUUAUGUCACUACAGAGGUCUACCCUGCAAAAAAACAAAACAAAAAAACAACCAUGUGUUGAUAACACAUUUCCCAACUGUACACCAUAGGUUUUUUUGUGUGUUUUGUUUUGUUUGUCAAUUCUUGCAAGAGGGAGAAAAAAAAGUAUAAUUCUUUGAAGCGCUGUUCCAUCCUGCUGCAGUGGGUGGCAUCCUAAUUCUGGAGGUGGCCAUGCUGUGAUACAUUGUACCACACUUUGCUUCUUUGUGGUGGUCUUGGAGAUGAUGCAGGGAUAAAAUGUUGAAGGGAUUAAAGUUUAAGACCCAGAUGAGGAGCUGCAUGUGCUCAUGCAGGACCCUAGUGAAUGUCCCACCCAUCCUCACACAUGAAACAUCCCUCAGAUCACUAGGCAAGGUCAGGCUGUUACUCAUCGUUAGAUCAUGUUGCAUUUGAUUGUCCCUCUUUUCUUUUGAAGUUAAGGAAACCUUGUGCCUCUUUGACUAUUCUGUAUGACGCAGUCGGACGCUCAUGGCAUAGCCUCAAAACGAUAAACACGGGAGAUGGAGGCUUGUAACACUGUAUUUAUUUUUUAGUAGUACUCUGUUUUUCCUCUGUCUAACUGAGCAUCUAUUCUCAGAGUGAGAGUUUCCAGCCUAUGCCUCUCCUUUCUUUCAUAAUUGAAGUGUUUUAUGUGAUUAUGAAAGCAUUUAUGGUGAGCCCUUCGAGCAGUUGCAUCAUGGAGGGAACAUGCCUGUCACUGACGGAGCACAUUUGAAUUAUGA